AUGGGCACAUUCACACCCCUCGCCCUCCUCAUACUCGCGCUCCAAACCCCCGUCAACCCCUUCGUCCUACAAAGGGUGUGCCCUGCGAACAACAACAACGUCUGCCACUACUACGAGAACCCCAGCUUCGUAGCCCUGCGAGCGCCCCUCGUGCAGUCCAGAAGCCCCUUCUUCUUCGCGGACAAUCCCCCCAACGCCGAGCACAUCAUGAGAAACAUCAACUACGGCUACUUGGACCUGGACAAGCCCAUCGCCAGCAUGCGGGACUUCGUCGAGAUGGACUCCGAGGAGAUCGGCAGGCGGCGGGAGCCCAAGGCGUACUACGUGGAGGAGAAGCCGGUGCCUUGGAGGAUGGAGGACGUGCAAGCGUACGGGGGCGGGCCCCAGGUGCUUCCCGACGUGGUGAUAUCCCCCGAAGGUCCCCAAGCGCCGGCUGGCCAGGCUCAGAUGCUCACCGAAGCCGAGAAGCAGAUGGGCAUGUCCGUGGUGGAGGAUCCUCCGGCUCAAGCCAGAGACGACAUCAUCCAGCAGGAUAAAUUGCUGACCUACGAAGCUGACGAUAUGGGGGAUGUUGAGAUCGACGAACGGUAUUUAAACGAGCCGACCAACCAACGAUAUCAACCGCCUUCGGUGGUGUACAACAAGAUUGUCAAGGAACAGGAGAAGGAAGUACCCAGGGAAUAUUUAGAGCAAUAUUAUAGGCAUAUUUUAGUACCACAAGCAUCGAAUAGCAACGAGGAUAAACCAGAGAAGACUCCUGAUAAUCCAAGCGAAGAUGUGCAGAAUUUUGAGGAAACUACAACUUCGCCAAGAGAAUUUUUUAAUACUUUAAACACUUCUCCAUCGGCUGUUGAACUUAUAGAAACAACAGCCAAAUCUUCGGGAACACCUUCACCAGUUGAAUCUUCAACAAAUGGACAGUUUAUCCAGACUGCGGAACCUGGAAAGAAGAAAAUCGCAGCAGAAGAAUCGAGCGGGAAUAAGGGGAAUAAGAAGUCGAAAAGAAAGAUGAAUAAAAAGGGUAAAAGAGAAGAGGCGAGGAAAGAUAUUGUAAAUAGGGCGGGUGAUAUCGAUAAUUUUCUCGAUGUCGCCGUUGCGAAAACACCAACAAAUCACAAAACAAAAAUGCUGAUCGCAUUCCUCACGCUGUACCUCCUGGCGACGGCCCACGCAAGACCAGACAUAAUCCGACUCGAGCAACCAGACGCAGUCGAACUCCUUCCCGCCGCCGCCCAACCGGAACUCGAAGGCCUCCGCGACGCCCUAGCAGAGCGCGCCCAGCCCGAGGAGCUCAACAGAAAGAAGAAACAAGUCACCACCUUCUGCGUGGAGAUCCGGCCCAGCAACCACAGGCCCUUCCAGGUGUGCGACCCGUACGGCGCCAAGGAGCAGCACCACCAGAACGUGGUCAGCAUCAAGCCGCACCAUUCGGAAGACUUCGGCGGCCAAUCGCACUCCAAAUCCGACUACUCGGAGCCGAUCAAAACCUACCCGCCUUCGGAGAACUCGGUCAACUUCCAGCCCAACCACGGCGGCAACUUCCCCGAGGUGCAGAACCUCGGACCCGCCAGAGCGGCCGAAGAAGAUCCGAUAGAAAACGAGUUAGACACUAACGCUGCUGCACACGCUGCUGUAGACCAAGCGAAAAUCGAAGUUCCCGCCGAGACAAGAUCAGCUUUCCCUGACGAUGAUGAGAAAACCGAAGAAAAAAAAUCUAUACCUGCCACGGAGAUACCCGUUAUUCCGGAUAAACCCGUACAACUACCCGAAGUACCCAAAGAGGAACCAGAAGUGGGAAAAGCCGUCCAACCCGACGAGGAACCCCUCAAAGUACCAGCAGAAUCUAACCCAGCGGUGAGAACGCCCAACCAACCCUACGGACAUAAACCAAACUACAAUCACGGGGGCGGUCACCACACCCAGUACAUUCCCGUAUCGCCUACGCACAACCAACACCACAGCGGCUUGGUGAUCACCUGCCAGCCCAAUCUAGCCGGCUACGCUCACGGAAUGCCCUACUAUCCAGGCCAGGACGGCUACAACAAAGGGGGCCAAGCAAACUUCAGGGCCGCCGCUCCGACGGGCAAACAAUACAGGCCCUACGAGUACGGUUACGGAGGCUACGGCGGAUACGGCUACGGGGGAUACAAGCCCCAAGCGCACAUGUACCACGGCCCCGUCCACCACGUCCCGAUGCACCACGCCCACAUGAAGGAAGAGCAUUGGAAACCCAUGCGAAACACCUUCGACUUUUCGCAUUCCGGCCCGAUGCCUCCCUUCUCCGGCAACCAUCACAUGCCGGGCGAGUUCGAGCAUCACGGAGAAGAAUUCCACGAAAGAUCCUCCGACAAAACGGACCAAACCGAGCAAAUCUUGGACCCCAAGGAACAGCACACGCUGGAUAAGAUGGAGGAUAUAUCCAAGCAACGGCUCGGAGACAGCUGGGUGCCCGACGGCAUGGAAGAGGUGCACGAUGAUGGACAAGCAUCAGGCAGAAGGGAGGCGAGCGAGAACUUGGACAGCGCCCCGAUUCAACCCAACCCCGAAGGCAUCAACAAAGAGCCCAGCGAAGUAAGAGACGCUGAAGGUUUCCAAGCGCAGGGCGCCAACGCGGAGCCGCAAUCUCCGUUGCACUACGAUGGGGAUUUCGAACCAAAAGGCAACCAAGGAAGGAACGCGAUGUACGACGACGCCCCGGAGGGCGGAAGAUGGAGAAGCGCCGGCUACGACGUUCCUUCUCACGAUCCGGCGAAGGAAUCGAGUCAGGGAGCGGAGGCAGCCAGGGAGGCGGGUAGUUGGAGGAGCUCGAACGACGAGGCCGGUCCGAACGAGGGGUCGAGGGACGCGGAAGGAGGCUCUUGGAGAAGCGCCGGCUCGGAUUUGCCCGCUGGCGAGGGGAAUUACCACGAAGAGGAGGCUAAAGGGAAAUUCAGGAAUGCCGGGGAAGUUGCUCCGUUGCCGGAAAAGGACCUGCCUAAAGGGUACAAUCCUAACAUGAGGUACUCAGGUGAUGGUAUUUGGUUCGACAACAAAGUAAUCGAACAGUAA